GUCUGGGUCGAGUCGGUGAGUUGACGCUUCACGCGGGAAAUAGUAGCAUCAUCUGCACGCAAGUGAAGCGAGUAUUUUUAACGGUGAUUUGAAAAGCAUAUACAUUAUAGUGUUGUUUGCCCACUUUGUUUGUUACAGGACCUGGGGGCAAGAUGGGCGACACUCUGGAGUUCAAUGAGAUUUACCAGGAAGUCAAAGGGUGCUGGAAUGAUGGCCGUCUUCGGUUCAGCAAGCAGGCAGUAGUGUAUAAGAGCAGCAAGACGGGGAAGGUGGACAGUAUCUCAGUGCCAGAGCUGAUCCAGGCUCAGUGGAGGCGUGUUUGUCUGGGUCAUGGAAUCAAGUUGGCAACCAGCACUGGGCAUGUGUACAAGUAUGAUGGCUUUCGAGACACGGAUUUUGAGAAGAUCUCAGAGUACUUCAAGGCAAACUACAAGGUGGAGCUGACAGAGAAGGAUAUGUGUGUGAAAGGCUGGAACUGGGGAACUGCAAAAUUUUUAGGUCCACUGCUCUCCUUUGACGUAAACGAUAGUCCAGUUUUUGAGAUCCCCCUCUCCAGUGUGUCACAGUGUGCAACGGGAAAGAAUGAGGUGACACUGGAGUUCCACCAGAAUGAUGAUGCAGAGGUGUCCCUCAUGGAGGUGCGCUUCUACGUGCCUCCUAGCACUGGAGACGAUGGCGCUGACCCAGUCGAGGCAUUUGCUCAGAAUGUGCUAUCGAAAGCAGAUGUCAUCCAGGCCACUGGAGAUGCUCUUUGUAUCUUCAAAGAGCUGCAGUGUCUCACCCCUAGGGGCAGAUACGACAUCCGUAUCUAUCCCACCUUCUUGCAUCUUCAUGGUAAGACUUUCGAUUACAAGAUCCCCUAUACCACAGUGCUUCGCCUGUUCCUGCUGCCCCACAAGGACCAAAGGCAGAUGUUUUUUGUGAUCAGCCUGGAUCCCCCCAUCAAGCAGGGUCAGACACGUUAUCAUUUCCUCAUCCUGCUGUUCUCCAAGGAGGAGGAUAUCACUCUCACCCUGAAUAUGAGCGAAGAGGACGUGGAGAAGCGUUUUGAGGGGAAGCUGAGUAAAAACAUGUCUGGCUCUCUCUACGAGAUGGUGAGCAGGGUGAUGAAGGCACUAGUCAACAGGAAGAUCACAGUGCCUGGAAGCUUCCAAGGCCAUUCAGGAGCUCAGUGUAUCACCUGUUCGUACAAAGCCAGCUCAGGCCUUCUCUACCCGCUUGAGAGGGGCUUUAUUUAUGUUCACAAGCCACCCGUGCACCUGCGCUUCGAAGAGAUCUCCUGCGUCAACUUCGCCAGAGGCACCACCACAACGCGCUCCUUUGACUUUGAGAUUGAGACCAAGCAGGGCUCACAGUACACCUUCAGCAGUAUUGAACGGGAGGAGUAUGGGAAAUUGUUUGACUUUGUCAGUGCUAAGAAGCUCAACAUCAAAAACAGGGGGUUCAAAGAGAAGAAGGAUAUGAAGGGCAAUGACAACAUGUACAGCGACUCAGAUGAUGACCAGCAUGAUGCCUACCUGGAACGCAUGAAGGAGGAGGGCAAGAUUCGUGAGGAGGCCAACGACAGCGAUGACUCUGAGGGAGAGAGCGAUGAAUCUUUUAAUCCUGGAGAAGAGGAUGAUGACAUUGCUGAGGAGUAUGACAGUAAUGCCUCUGCCAGCGACAGCAGUGGUGAUGGAGGAGAUGACAGCGAGGAUGACAGCAGGAAAAAGAAGCCUGCAAAAAAGCCCAAAAUGUCCAAAGAAAAGGAGAAGAAACCACGGAAAUCUGGGGCCAAAACCAAGGACACUGGCGCCCCCAAGCGGCCAAUGAGUGCAUACAUGCUGUGGCUUAACUCCAGUCGGGAGCGCAUCAAAUCAGAAAACCCUGGCAUCUCUAUCACAGAGAUCUCCAAGAAGGCUGGUGAGAUGUGGAAGCAGCUGGCCAAGGACAAGAAGGAGGAAUGGGAACAGAAGGCAGAGGAGGCAAAAAAACAGUACGAGAAAGCGAUGAAGGAGUACAAGGAGAGCGGAGGGAGCUCCUCGACUCCCUCCAAAAAAGAAGCAAAGAAGAAGGGAGGGAAGAGUGAGGACAAAAAGAGGAAGAAGCCAUCCAGUGGGCGUGGAGUGGAGCGGGAGAAGGAGAGGGCCGGUGGCAACGAGAGCUUCAAGAGCCGGGAGUUCAUCUCCAGCGAGGAGAGCUCAUCCGACUCGGAGCAGGGGAAGAGCAGCAAGCGCAAGGGAUCAGAUGAUGACGAAGAAGAAGUGGUCAGCACACCUCCCAGCUCGGAAGAGUCUGGUUCGGAUUGAGCAGGUCGAGUUCCAUCGCUGUGGCUGAUAUCCACAUGCUCAUCGACAGACAGUGGCAACGUGCAGAACAUCAGACUAACAGACUUUGCAACAUGUAAAUACUGUUUUGUUUUUUUUUGUUACACAGGAUCCUUUGGUCACUUUUUUCCUUGUUUUUUGUGGGUUGCUUAUCAGUUUUUAAAGUUGCCCUCAUUCCAGGAGUCAAAAAAAUUGAGUUAUAAAUUUAAAUAUUUUUUUUUAAUUUUCAGUGUAGUGAGAACUUUUCCAUGAUGACUUUUGGAAUAUUUUGAAAUCUGUGUCCUAUAAAAAGAGAGCUGUAGCACUGAGGAAUUUGGUUGUAGGGAUGAGAAUAGGCUGAAUCAUUAAAUUAUCUCCUUUUUUAUUUGAAAUUGUGUGAAGAUCAACUAGAGAUGUGCUUUUUUUUUUCCUGAUUCAGGUGCUCUUGCUACGGUUAGCAUUUUGUUAAAGAAAAUAAAAAUGAUAUUCUUUC